GCUAACGGAGCUGAUAUGGGAGCAAACGUGACCGUGGAGAAUCAAGUCGGAGAAUUUCUUGCGUCUAAAGGGAUUUCCUUGGACCUAAACACUGUUGAGAUCUGUCAUCCGCUUCCUCGGAGAAAGAAUACGGAUAAACCAGCGAUCCUGAUCAGGUUUGUGAAUCGAAAGCACAAGAUAGCUCUGAUGAAACAACGCAAAAACCUGAAGGGUUCGGCUGCUUAUCUUAAUGAUCAUCUGUGUAAAUAUUAUGCUGAUCUGGCGAAGCACGCGAGGCUCCUUCGAUCGAGGAAACAGAUCCACAGUACGUGGACUCUGAACUCCAGAAUCUUUGUGAAACCACUCGGACCACCGGACGUUACAAAGCCUUUGGAAAUAAAAUCCAUGGAAGACUUUGAGAACUGUGGGAUUACGCAUGUUUGACCCUUUAAUUCAAGCAAAAAGUGAAAUGUGAACUCAAAAACCGCUGGAUACGACCUCUGACCCAAUUCUGAGCUUCAGAACUCGAGCACAUUUCCCUUGAAAUGGGACCUUCACAGUCUCUCAGUCAAAACAACAAAGAAGAACCGUUACGUGGCCUUAAACUUGUUCCUAAGCAGUGAUGUAGCACUGAUUCUGAUU